AUGGACGGGAAGGCAGCUGAUUCGAAUCCUGUAAAUUCAAAUGCUACAAAUAUCGCAUCCAGCCCUGGAACGACACGCCCCUUGUCUAUCGCAGAAACACCAACAUCAAUUUCAUCGUCAUCAACAUCACCAAAUCCCAGUCGAGCGACACGAACUUUGGUGCAAACAGAUACUUUUAGAUCAGUCUCUAGUGUUGCAAGUGAUAUAACUUCUGCUAGUCCAAUCCCUUCAGCUGCUCCAACAAUCAACGCAGCGGAAGUCACGCCUAUUGACUCUAUAGAAGAAUCAGAGGGCCCGUCCUCGCUACUGGAUCAACAGCGGCGGCUAUCACUAGACGAACAGCUUGGCCUGCUAGAUUUGGCUAAAGCUAAUGCAUAUGUCGGACUACAGAACCAUUCUAUUAGACCCACGGAGGAUAUAUUUAAUGCUAAUGAACCUCGUAUUAAAGAAGACAUUAUUCGCAUGAUUGCACAGUAUUUAUCAGAUGAAGGAUAUCAAACGUCCAAGAUGACUGUACUCGAUGAGGCUACGGUCAAGUGGUAUGAGCGAGAAGAGCAGCAAGCUGAUGCCAAGAGGAUACGAAAGGCUAUACUAGAAGGAGACUGGGCUGAAGCCGAAAAGAUUUUUGCCAGACCAAUGCUCAAGAACCAAAAGGGAUUCUUGUAUGCCAUGUAUAAAGCAUUCACGUUUCUCAACAAGCGACUGAAACCGCUCGAGAAUUUGCAAACUACACCAACUGAAUUCAAAGAUUUAUGUUACUUGUUGACUGCCAAAGCUGUGACUGAUGUACCUAGUUUCAAGAAUUGGGAGGGUGUGGGUCCUGCUAGGGAACGAUUGGCUGAACAGUUUCAAAAUAUGCUUGAAUUCGAGAAUGCUGACCGUCAAGGUUCCGUAUUUGUCCCUCCUCAUCGACUUUUAGAAUUGUUGAGACAGGCUGUCGCAUACCAGAUCGAGUUUGCUAGAUAUCAUCCAAGGAUAGCUCCCAAAGUGUCCACCCUCUUGCAAGACUACACAUCUGUCGUGAUUCCUAACGCCAUACGGCAUAAUUUCACUGGUCAUACAGGGAACGUCAAGUGUGUUGAUUUUGUGGGUGAUGAUGGAAAAUGGAUUGUAUCUGGAUCUAGCGAUAAUACAGUACGCGUAUGGGAUUUGGAGACUGCCAUGGUCUUGUCUGUAUUGGAAGGUCAUACUUCUCGGAUAUGGGACGUGGCUUCUAGUAGGAGUGGUGCUCGUGUGGCCAGUGCUAGUGGUGAUGGUACCGUGAAGAUAUGGGACAUGAAGCUUUCCACUCGGCUUUGUUUGCAAACGUUAAAAGGAGCCGUUGGUGAUGUGUAUGCUGUCAAAUUCCAUCCUUCAGGAACCCAUGUAGCGACAGGAGGAUAUGAUCGAGCAGUGCGACUGUAUGAUUUAGAACGUGGAGUAGCUGUCAAGACAUUUACGGGCCAUCAAUUAUCUGUAUCCCGCACUGUAUUCUCACCUUUGGGCAACUUGAUUGUCUCUGGAUCAAAAGAUUCAACGAUUCGAUUUUGGGAUGUUGUAUCAGGACUAUGCAUAAGAACCAUUACCUCCCAUCUGGGAGAAGUGACUAGUGUCGAAAUGAGCUCAGAUGGUCGUGAAAUGUUGAGUUGUAGUAAAGACAAUUCUAAUCGAUUGUGGGACUUGAGAAUGACACGUCCUAUACGGAGAUUUAAAGGACAUCAGAACACUUCCAAGAACUUUGUGCGUGCCGGGUUUAUGGGAGAUGCUAUUGUCGUUGGUGGUUCUGAGGAUGGUAUUGUUUAUUUGUGGGAUCGUGAUACGGGCAACAUUUUACAGACGUUACCAGCUCAUGAUGGGGUAGCCUACUCAGGAGUGUGGAAUACGCGGCAGAGCUUGUUGCUAAGUUGCGAGGAAAGCAAUCCGUUUGUCACCUUGGUGCUUGCUGCCCAGAUGGAGUUGGGGACCGCUUACUUUUUGAACAGCUCGACUGCCCAAGAGGGAUCCUCAUCCCUAAGCAGUCAGCGUAACGAUUUAUAUAAUUUAUCACCAAACGACACCAUGAACUCUUGCCUCCCCCUCACAGAGCUCUUGUCAUCAUCGCCCAAACACAGCAACGCACAGCAACCUGCCGGGCUUUCGAAACGAAAAUCUACCCACGAGGACGAUAUAAUAGGUAAAUCAUAUACUCGGCUCUAUGAGCAAUCAUCCUUGGACAACGCCACUACCAUCGCUUCAAACACUUGGUUUGAAGAUUCCGAAACACACAUUAGCGAAGUCACAAUCACACAAACAUCGACUUUACCACCAAACCGGACUAUGAUGGCCGACUUUCGAGAAUCACGGGCUAAACGAGAACGGGAUUUAUCUAGUGAUGGUGAAGUUACAUCAGAUGUGGAUGAAAAUUCUGAUGCUGAGGAGGACGAAUCUGAAGAUCACAUAUGGCAUCACAUCAAACGAAUCAAACCAUCACCUGCUCAAGAAGAUGAGUUGUCAAACAAUCGCAGUAAUAAGAUGGAUGAGGACGACCAACCUGGAUUUGUAGUCAUCAAACGAACAACAGUAUCAGUAGGACAUCAUCGACAAACCAAACCUGUAUUCUCAGCUGUAUCAUCAACACCAGUAGGUAAACCUCAACCAAAGAACCACAGCGAUUCGCCAACUCCCUCAAUGAAAAAUUAUCGUAUCACGAAAUCUGUUCCAAUGCAAAAGAAGAUCGCAAGGAAAGCACGUACUGAUUCGCCGAGAAUACAAUUAGCGAAAAUAGCAGGUGAAACGAUUCAAGAGGGGGUGUAUGGUGAUGGUGCUGCAGAUAUACUGGAUGAUGAUGAUCUGCAUCUACACAAAUGUCUUCCCAAUUGCACUCAUGGUCGAUUGUCUCCCGUACCUCAACGUGAUGCUCAUGCACAUGAACACUUGGAAACUGCUCGUCAGGACUUGGUUGUCAAUCUCACGAGGCUCAUACGAAGAUCAAGUAGACGAGUCAUGAACAAGACAGGCAAUGCAAAAGCAAAGGCACAGAAGGAGACUGAUACCUUCAUGGCCAAAAGGAGGGCUUUGAAGUCUGUUAAUCAAAGAUGA